UAUAUCGGCAUACUAAAGUCACAUUGUAUUACAAUAAAUAAUGUCUUUGGCCGCUACGUUCCGAUGCACGCAUACAAACGAAGCGUACAGAAAGUUAUGACAAACAAUAGUGCGUUUAUAAAAUAAGCGGCGUCGACGAAAAACGGCUUCAGUUGAUUGCAGAAUAUCGCAAGGUCAAGAGCAAAGGCUCUCGGCAGUCUGCCGCGGAUCCUGACGCCGAUGUGACUUUUGCCUCGGAUCAUCAGAAAAAAAAAAUUGUCUAUUGACAAAUGUCAAAAUUGGCGCGAGAAGUGUUUUGAAUUUCGUAAUUGUGUUUAAUUACAUUUAUUUUUUUUGUGAAAUCAUUUAAAAAAUACAAUUAAAUAUUUAUAAUUUUAUGUUAUGUGUUUGUAAAUAAUUGAAGGACCAAGGGAAAUAUAAUCGAGAGGUUUGCUGCCGCGCGAGUAGGUCAGCGGCGCGCUCGAAACAUGCUUUCCACAAUCAAGGGUUUCUGGAAGGUGUGCCGAUAUGGAGAUCUCUACAUGGUGUUGGCGGCGCUGGCCGCGCAGUCUAUCAACAUAUCCGUGGGCUUCUGUCAAGGGUUCUCCGCUGUGCUUUUACCGCAGUACACACACGAACAUCCCAAUAUCACAUACGAGCAGAGCUCAUGGAUUGCGAGUUUGGGUGUGAUCUCGAACCCGGUGGGCGCGCUGCUGGGCGGCAUGAUGGUGGACGCGCUAGGCCGGCGGCUGCUGCUGCAGUCCAUCGUGCUGCCCAACCUGCUGGGCUGGCUCGUCAUCGCCUUCUCCGAAACAUACCUCUUUCUCUGCGUCGGGAGAUUCAUCACAGGAUUCACUAUUGGUAUGUCAACGGUUUCCUACAUUUACGUAGCGGAAAUAACAACACCAGAGAAACGCGGCGUGCUGAGCGCGCUCGGCUCCGGCCUCGUGUCCACUGGAAUCUUCGUCGUCUACUCGCUGGGAGCCUUCAUCCACUGGAGAAAGGUGGCAGCCAUCUGCGCCGGCUUCUCCCUCCUCACACCGUUCCUCAUGUACUUUGUUCCCGAGUCCCCUCUCUGGUUAGCAUCCAAGGGCCAAAUGAAGGAAGCCUACACCGCUCUAUUCUGGCUGCGACAGAACAACAGCACGGCUCAACAGGAGCUAAUGGAGUUCACGAAAGACCGAAAGACCAGUGAGAAUAUGACUUUAAAACAGAAGCUCGGUCUAUUCAAGAGGAAAAAUGUGUUAAAGCCUUUCGCUUUGUUGAUCGUUUUCUUUAUAUUCCAAGAGAUGUCGGGGAUUUAUGUGAUAUUGUACUACGCGGUGGAUUUCUUCAAGUCAGUCGGUACAAGUGUUAACGAGUUCACAGCUUCCAUCAUUGUGGGAGGUGUGAGGAUGUUUAUGGGUGCGGUUGGAGCUUGUUUGAUAAACAGUUUCAGACGAAAGACUUUAGCGGCCGCUUCUGGUCUUUUACUUGGUAUGACGAUGCUGGGUGCCGCUGUUUGCGACAGCCUCGAUGGCCCUCCAUUGUUAAAGUUAGCUUGUGUCCUUCUGCAUGUGUCUUUUAGUAUGGUAGGCUUCUUGCAAUUACCUUGGAUAAUGUCAGGGGAAUUAUACCCUCAAGAUAUAAGAGGUAUUAUGUCAGGAGCUACGUCUUGUUGCGCGUAUGUGCUUAUAUUCUUCAAUAUAAAAACUUACCCUCAAUUAGAAUAUUACAUAACGAGUAACGGCACUUUAUAUUUGUUUGGUGUUUGCGCGUUAUUUGGCGCCGCUUACUGUUUACUCUGUCUUCCGGAGACGAAGGGAAAGACUCUAUCAGAGAUUAUGAGACAGUUUGAAGAGAAGGUGGACCCUGAGGUGUGUUGUGAGAAGGGUGUGGCUCAGCGGCGGCACAGCGCGGACGCGGCGGUGUCAUUGGACAAGGGCCAUGUGUUUGCGCCGCGCUGGACACAGAAGGAGCCGGCAGAGAUAGUACAUGAAUAACGUUCCUACAGAUUUAAACUUUAUCCCGUCUGCUUAAAGAUGAAAGUUGUAUAGAAAUUUUCAUGCAACUUUAGACUUUGUUGUUUUAAUAUGAAAGUGCUUUGGCAUUUUUUUAGUUUACUUAUAGUUUUA